AGUCUAAUACUACCUAAAACUCAGUCAAACACACACACACACACACACACAAAGAUUUGGGAAGGCCUAGACAAGGCCGGGCCGGGCCCGACAGCAUCCGCCGCCUAAGACUUUAACACCACACAGAAAAGUCAACAACAAAUUACGAAAAUCAUCGCCCAAUUAAUUUUUAACUUCUCUCACAAUAAACCUCUCUCUCUCUCUCUCUCUCUCAUCCCCCUCUCAUCUUCUUCCGAUGAUGGCCUUCCAUCACAGGAAACUUCUCGACGAAGAUCCAUUUUGCAAGGGCUACUGCGACGAGCCACAGAUUUUCAACUUCACCUGCCCACUAUCCUGCUUCAGCAUCUGCCCUCCCGAUUCCUGCAAGCAAUCAUUCAUUUCAAUAUUCCCGCCGCUGCCGCAGCCGCCGCCCCCUCCCCCGCCGCUCUCCGCCACCAUCGAUCCAGUCAAAUCCAAGGGGCUCUCCCUCGCCCUCACCGCCUCCCUCGCCGUCCUCGCCACCGCCUUCUUCCUCUUCACCUGCUACACGAUCUACAAAUUCUACACCGUCUGGAAACAAUCGCGCCGCCGCCGCCGUCGCCUCAGCCAACACGGCGGAGCCGCCGCUGGAAGCGGCGGCGCCGACGACGACGACGAUUUCGUCGAUGAAGACGCCGUUGACCACCCGAUCUGGUACAUCCGGACGGUGGGGCUGCAGCAGUCGGCGAUCGACGCGAUCGCGAUCGUGAAGUACAAGAGCGGCGGCGGCGUGGUGGAAGGGACCGACUGCGCCGUGUGUCUGAGCGAAUUCGAGGAGGAUGAGACGCUGCGGUUGCUGCCUAAGUGCAGCCACGCCUUCCACCUACCCUGCAUCGACACGUGGCUCGCGUCGCACACGAACUGCCCCAUGUGUCGGGCCGGGAUCGUGGCGCCGCUCGCCCGUAAUUCGGGCCGGGCCGAGGAGGCGCCCGAGGAGGCCUCGGGCCGCGGCGACGCCGAGAUUGAGGCCCGGCCUCAAAUUAGGGUUGAGAUGGAUGAAAACGUUGAGUGCAAGAUUGAUGUGGGGGAUGAUGGGCUGCAGCCGGUGAGGAGGUCGGUGUCGAUGGACUCCUUGUCGGCGUCGAUGAUCAGCGCCGCCGUGGCCGGGGCUUUUCCGCGGCCGUGUGAUAAGAGUUCCGACGAUCGGUUGGGGAAAGGGAAUCGGAGAUUGUCGGAGAGCCCUUCGAUCGAGAGGUGCGUGCAAAUGGGGUCGUCUUCGAUCAAGAGGUCGGCUUCGUGCAGUGCUAAUGUGUUUUUGUCGAGGCACAAUAACAGUAGGAGAUAAGAAAUUUAGAUCAUAAUAAAACGCAACUCAGCUGGUAAGACGCUUAUUCUAAUUAAAAAAAAAAAGUUGCAGGAGAGGCCUAGUCAAAGGGUAGGCCUCUCUAAAAAUGUCAAUCCAUUAUACAAAUGUAAGUAACAAUUUUUUUUUCUUUUUUUUUGAGUGAUGGAUGAUUUGUUUAUUUGGUAGUCUAUCAAUCUUUUGCAAUGAGCAAGUUUAUGAGCAACGAGAAAUGUUGUUGAAUGAACUUUCGAUUUAGUGAUAAUCUAUAGUUAAAAUGUGUGCUCUCUUUGAUUGAUUAUAGUGAAAUUUUAGGUGUCAAUUUUGCCAA